CGCUUCUUGUAUGCUAUCGUUUUUACAAGUGCAAUGACAGUUUUUAUCGCUCUUGCCAUUUCUUACUGCAUUUUCCGAAACGCCCUUGCCAAUUUCACAUGGUCAACUCAAAAACCAACAGUGCCAAAAGGAGCCAAGAAAAUACUGGUCCCGACAAACGACUAUACACCUUUUUUUGGGCACAUACUCGCGCUAUUUUUCAAAUUGCCUGGGGCUCAACUGGAAAAGUGGCAAAAAGAAUUAGGACCUACCAUUCAGAUUAACAUGGGCGUGAAGCCAUGGAUAAUCCUCGGUGACCAUAUUUAGCCCAUGAAAUUAACACCACCGGCAGCAUUACCAUUAUUUCACGCACGAGGUUUAUGCACAGGACAACCGAGGAAUUAUUCUCGCAAAUCCUUCUGAACAGUGGCGAAAAACGCGAGCAGCAAUGCAUCGCUUGGCCUCAUCCAAAACUAUUCAUAAACUUGAGGAUGCUUUAACACUGGAAACUGAGUGUUUGAUAGAUCGUC